AUGUCCGCAGAUUCUGACGAUUAUGUUGUUCGCAAUGUUGAUGCUAAAUUACAACAAGACAGUGAAUGGUUAAAAACUUUUGAAGAAAAUCUGAAAAAGAGUAGAAAUUUGAAUAAUGAGAUCACAACACUACUGGAAAGUUUUCGAAAUCGACUAGUGCAGUUAGAGCAGAGCGUUGUUCCACUGUAUGAAAAACCGCUCUCUUACGACAAAAGCAAGCAAAUAUUCGAAAAGUAUUAA